AUGGAACCCAGCAAUGCAAACCAGCAACAGCAGCAGCAACAGCAGCAUCAUGAAAAUGGGCCUUUUCCAGCGGAACUUUUGCUAUCCAUCUUUGUCUAUCUCGACGGUACUACACUAACAUCUUGCAGUCAAGUGUGUCGACAAUGGGCUCAAGUCAUUGCUCAUUAUGAUGAACUCAUUUGGCCCAAUGCCUGCCAUCGAGACUUUGAAAGAACCAGUGCUCGACGCUGGUGGUCGCUCCAAUUUCCAUCACCCAAGGCUCACAAAAAUCAGCGAACUUGGCAGGACAUGUACAGAAUCACAAGGAAUUGGUAUAACGGCCGCUGUGUGAAGGGGUUCUAUCCCAAUGUCUGCGGCUCUACUUCAAUGGAUACGCUCCCCAGUACUGUGAUAGGCGCUCCUCAAGAACAGGGCAUGUUCACUAGCUUAACGGUCGCAAAUGAUGGCCGCAUUGUGAGAUCAAAUCCAAAUUACCAUAGUCCAUCAGGCUCUCAAAGCUUAAUAAUUCAAUCCCCACAAACAAAGCAAAGAUUCUUUUUGGACAAUACAGCUGCAACAAGCGAAAUACCUGGUUGGCCCGAAGCUGCAAGAUCUCACUCGAUCGUUUGUCAUUAUACUCAACCCAAUUCUAAAUGGUUAGUGACAGGCGGUCUCAACGGCACAGUAGCAGUAUGGAACUUGGAAACAAAGACGUUGGUCAGGAUGUGGCAAGGACAUCGAGGACGAGUUCUGUGUAUCAGUAUGAAUGAUGAUGUUGUCGUUAGUGGUGGUUCAGAUAGCAUGAUUCGUGUUUGGGAUUUGAACAAGAAUAACAGUUCAAACAGCAAUAUUGGAUGGACAAAUCACCAUCGACCCACACGACGAGGCAUGAUUGAUAUCUCGUCUUAUUUAUCAGGAAGAAGUGAUUGGUAUCAAGGCGUUGGCGAGAUUGCUGCCAAUGGACAUCUGGUCGCCUGCGCUCCGGAUGCGUCUGGCCCUAUUCUCGUAUUUUCGCUUUUGACUGGCUCUCUUGUCUACGAGUUGCGUGUCCCUGAAGAAACAGCGCAGACAUCCGAAUGGGUUACUGAAGACAUCACUGCAUUUACUCGUCUCUGCCUCACGCCAUUCUUUCUUCUCACAAAAGGAAAAGUAGCCAACGGUAACAACACAAUCCAAUUGGUGCCGUCUUCCAACAACAUUUUACAGCAACGUAGACAAAAGAAGAAAUCAGCCGGUUACGUCAAGAAAGUGAGCGAUAGUAUCGAGGAAACCAACAGCCCUGCGCCUCCCGUUGCUCAAAUGACGCCUUACCAACUCUAUCAAUACUACCAGUCGAUCAACAAAACCGGGGGCAGCGACUCAGAGGAAGAGCAAUUGAUGCCAUCUACAAGUGCAUGUAUUAAUGUCUGGGAUUUGCAAACUGGAAAAAUUGCCUAUAGACUACUACCUACAUUAGAGAAGCCUUACCAACACUACACAAUCACAGAUGUGCGGCUAACACCUGAUUACUCAAAGGUGUUUGCAUCCAUCGAAGUACGCGGACAGAAGCACUAUGAAGAGAGACUUUAUUGCUGGGAUUUUUCAUUGAAAUACAAGGAUCAGCCUCAAGAAAGCUUUGAUGUUAUAGAAUUAGACAAUUUAGAUCCUGCUCUGAGAAAAACAGGCAAAUCAUGGAUCUGUUACAUGUAG